AUAGGCUACACGGGGGAGUGUUGGCUGCUAUGACAGCUAAGCAAGCAUUGUUGUAGGGUUAUUGUAUUUCUCCCAGGGGUGGUAGGGAAUUGAAUGUGUGUUACUGUUCUCUAAUUAUGUGUUGAGGAUUAUCACAGUGUUGUGUAAUAACCCAGUCCUUACAUGGUUAUUAGUCUGCUGGCUGUCACAAUUUCAUAAAAUUGGCGUAUUUCAGAGUGUAGACUAUAAUCUUUGGUUCAUGUUUAAUUUCAAACAUUUUUGAAAGGUAAUUCUUUAGCUUGAUCUUGUUCCCUCACUACAACUAUGAAGUGGGGGGCAGCGGGUAGGAGGAAUUACAAUCAGGCAACUCAUAAACCCACUACAAGCACAUUCUCUGGGAAUUGUUGAGCUCUUUUGGUUCUUGAAGACAUGUCUCAACAUCAGAGACCAUCAGAAAACAAUAUGAUGAAGGCAGUGUGUAUUGACACACCAGGGGGACCAGAGAGUAUGCUGUUGAGGAAUGUCCCCAGACCUCUACCUGAACAUGGAGAAGUCCUCAUCAGAGUCCAUGCAACCGCUCUAAACAGGGCUGACACAUUGCAGAGGAAAGGACUGUACCCCGCUCCACCUGGUGAGAGUGAGGUCCUGGGUUUGGAGGCGGCUGGUACGGUGGCCAGCGUUGGCCCAGGGGUUAGGGAGUGCUGGAGGCUAGGGGACCGGGUCAUGACCCUACUCUCUGGAGGAGGGUAUGCCGAGUAUGUGGCUGUUCCAGAGGAGCUUAUCAUGUCUAUCCCCACUCAUCUCACUGUCUACCAGGCUGCUGCCAUACCUGAGGCCUGGCUCACUGCAUUUCAGCUCCUGCACUUUGUAGCUCAGGUGAAGGAAGGAGAGAUAGUGUUGGUGCAUGCUGGGGCCAGUGGGGUGGGGACUGCCGCUGUCCAGCUGGUCCGAUUGGCUGGGGCUAUUCCCAUAGUUACUGCAGGAAGCUCUGAGAAACUACAGAUGGCAGAGACACUGGGAGCCGCUGCUGGUUUCAACUACAAACAUGAGGACUUUGCAGAGAAAGUUAGUGAUUUUACAGCAGGCAGAGGAGCAAACGUCAUCUUGGACUGCAUUGGUGGGUCCAACUGGGAGAGGAACGUGGCCUGUCUGGCCACAGAUGGACGAUGGGUGCUGUAUGGCCUCAUGGGAGGAAAGACCGUGACAGGAGACAUACUGGGCAAGCUGCUGUCCAAACGAGGACAGCUCCUCUGUAGUCUCCUCAGGUCACGCAGUCUGCAGUAUAAAGCAGAUCUGGUGAGAGCCUUCUCAGAAAGGGCCCUACCUCACUUCUCAGACCCGACUAGCUCCCCCUGCCACCUGAGGCCUGUAAUCGACAGCAUGUUCAGUCUGGACCAGGUAGCUGAUGCUCACAGACACAUGGAAGCCAAUAGAAACACGGGAAAGAUUGUAAUCAAUGUCAUGAACCCACAAUGAUGGGACCUCUAGUGACGGUGUCAUCUUUCCAUUUAGUUCCAAACUUAACAUUUGGUUGAGCAACUUGGUUUAUGACCAUUCACUUCUAUAACAUAUAUCAAAAUUAAAUGUUAUUUGUCACAUGUGCCAUAUAUAACAGGUGUAGACUUUAAAAUGAAAUGCUUACUUACAAGCCUUUAACCAAAAAUUCAGAGCUAGAAAAAAAGAAAAAGGGAAAUAGUAACACAAUAAAAUAAUGAGGCUAUAUACAAAGAGUACAUUUACAUUUACAUUUAAGUCAUUUAGCAGACGCUCUUAUCCAGAGCGACUUACAAAUUGGUGCAUUCACCUUACCUGUACCGAGUCAAUGUGCAGAGGUACGAGGUAGUUGAAUGCAUAUGUCCUGAAUGUUAUAAGGUGACCGAGUUGAUAAAUACUGUGUUGAAAGCUAGAUAUAAAGCUUUCCUGUUUCCUACUACAGUAACUAUGGUGACAGUGUAUCCUCACUCUCCUCACCUUAACAGUAUUUGUAUCACCUUCUGUUUAUUGUUCAAUCAAAUUAUGCAUAUUAUUUUUUACUUAGUCUAAAACAAAAACUGUGUUACUGGUAAUAGUACAAUUUGUUUGGCCCAUCUGUGAUUUCAUUAUAAACAAGAAUAAACUUUUUUUUUCUCAACAAGAACAAAAAAUAUUG